GAAGACCAAAAAGAUGUUGCAGGCGCUACUAAUUCCACUGCUACUGGCCCAACAUGCUAUGGCAGCCUGCAAUGAGUGUCAAAGUGAAAGCAAUGUGGCUUGCCACAACGAAACAAGCUUCUCCGUUUGCUUCAAUGGAGUGCCUUCGUAUAAGCUCCUGCCCUGUCCCGAGGGUUUCUAUUGCACCGAUGGCUUUUACACUUGCUACCGCGGUGCCAGUCCAGUGUGUGAUUCAACCACAACGGAGCCACCAACUACAACAACGACAACUGAAACUCCUUUUAAUGUCGAAGACUUGUGCGAGGCAGCCACUAAGAGUACAUUUUUUGAAAACAAAGAUGACCCCACCUGUACUACUUACAUAGCCUGUUCGGUAAUCGAUGGAGUUCACUCAAUGAAGGUCACAACAUGCAAGGAGAACACUUUCUUUGAUGUCAACCUUAAGAUUUGCGGAACCGCAAAGCCAGAUGGUUGCGUGGAGGCAGAAACUACAACCACAACAACGACUACGACAACAACAACAACGACUACGACAGCAGUGCCCUGGACCAAGGAGGCAACCUGCGCGGAUAUUACCAAAACUGAGUUGUUUGCCAACGAAGACGAUCCCACCUGCAAGAGUUAUGUAUAUUGUUAUAUUCCCAACGGAACCAUCGUGGCUUUGAUAAAGAAUUGCAAGGCAAACCAAUAUUUUGACACCUCUUUAAGAGUUUGCGUCGGAACCAAACCCGAUUAUUGUACAUAAUUAAGAAAUUCUCAUGAAUUUCGAAAUUCAACAUUAAUUGUUGGCCAAUAAAAGCUUUAACUAAAAA